CUCACUGUAGCCGCCUGCGGUGUUGUUCGAUAUCAUGAUGGAAAUAAACAAGGACAAUUAUCCUGAACUGAAUAAAUCUGAUGAAACGCAUCAUAAUAUUACAAUACAGAAUGUUGCACAGAUAGGAACUCGAAGAACAGGAGACAAACUGUGUAAAAAGAGUUUGAAACAAGAUGGAUGCCAUACAGAUCGCUCGAGGAUUCACAGUGAGGAGAAGCCCACGUGUCAUCAUUGUGGGAAGAGUUUCAGCAGAAAAUCAAACCUUGCAAUGCACAUAAAAAUACACACUGGAGAGAAACAAUUUGCGUGCCAUCAGUGUGAAAAAACUUUCCUAACUACAAAAGAACUUAAGAUACACAUGAGAACUCAUACUGGCGAGAAACCAUACACAUGUCUUGAGUGUGGAAAAUGUUUUACCCAAAUAGCACACUUAAAAAAUCAUAUGAAAAUCCACACAGGAGAGAAACCAUACACUUGUCACAAGUGUGGAAACAGUUUUUCGCAAAAACCAAACUUGAAGAAACAUAUGGCAAUCCACACUGGUGAGAAACCAUACACUUGUCACGAGUGUGGAAAAUGUUUUGCCCGAGUAUCACAAUUAAAAAGACAUAUGAAAAUCCACACUGGAGAAAAAACAUUCACGUGUGAUCUGUGUGGAAUGAGUUUAUCAUGUUUACGUAACCUUAACAUACACGCAUUAAUUCACACUGGAGAGAAACCUUUUACAUGCAGUCAAUGUAAAAAAAGUUUCACAGGUAAAAGCAACCUUACAGCACACAUGAAAACUCACAGUAAAGAGAAACCUUUUGCUUGUCUUCAGUGUGAAAAGUUUUUCAGAGAUGCAAUUCAACUUAAGAGACACAUGAGAAUUCACACUGGAGAGAAACCAUUUGCAUGUCAUCUGUGUGAGAAGAGUUUUACCCGUAAAGGCACUCUUAAGACACACAUGAUAGCUCACACUGGAGAGAAACCAUUCGUGUGUCAUCUGUGUGAAAAGAGUUUUACAAGUAAAGGUGCUCUUCAGAUACACAUGGCAGUUCACACUGGAGGGAAACCAUUUGUGUGUGAUCUGUGUGGAAAGAGUUUUUCAUAUCCAUCUACCUUUAAGAUGCAUGCAAGAGUUCACACCGGAGAGAAACCUUUUACAUGCAGUCAAUGCAAAAAAAGUUUCAGAAGUAAAAGCAACCUUACGACACACAUGAAAAUUCACAUUGAAGAGAAACCUUUGCUUGUCUUCAGUGUCAAAAGUGCUUCAGAGAUGAAAGUCAACUUAAGAGACUCAUGAGAAUUCACACUGAGAGAAACCAUUCAGAUGCUAUUUGUGAGUUUCAAAAAUAAAAACUCGCCCUAAUGCACGCGUGAGAAUUCACGGUGGAAAGAAACCGUUCCCAUCUGUGGAGUAAUGAUAUACACAUGAGUGGAUUUUCUGUUGUAAUGUCUCAAUUGCGAUUAAUACGUUUGCAUAGGACCUACGUUGUAGGCUAUAUGUUGCAGUUUUCAUUUAAACUUCUGCGUCAUUGUUCGCCUCAAUGUGCAUUACAUGUUCAGAUCGCAAGUGUUGACCUAAAAUGAACUCAUGAAUCAGCCCUAGUAAAAAAAUGGUAUGCUAAAUAUGUUUUUCAUUUUGAUAUA